UGCUCUUUGUGUGGGGUGGAUUAUUCGGCUGUGCGCUGAGAGAAACGAGAGCAUCAAUCGGGGAAAAGGCCAGGAAAACUUCAAUAAAACAUAGGAUUUUCGUCGCACAGUGAGACAUUGUCCGCCCUAAUUAUCCUGGACGGACAUGCAAGUUGCAGACUGGCCGGUUGUGUGAGUGACCUCUUGUUACCAUGACGACCCACGUGACUCUGGAGGAUGCUCUGUCUAACGUGGAUCUGUUGGAGGAGCUGCCCCUCCCUGACCAGCAGCCCUGCAUCGAACCUCCGCCUUCAUCUAUCAUGUACCAGGCCAACUUCGAUACCAACUUUGAGGACAGGAAUGCGUUUGUAACGGGGAUAGCUCGCUACAUCGAGCAGGCUACUGUCCACUCUAGCAUGAAUGAGAUGCUUGAGGAGGGCCAUGAGUAUGCUGUCAUGCUCUACACCUGGAGAAGCUGCUCAAGAGCUAUACCACAGGUGAAGUGUAAUGAGCAGCCCAACAGGGUGGAGAUCUAUGAGAAGACUGUGGAGGUGCUGGAACCAGAGGUCACCAAGCUCAUGAAGUUCAUGUACUUCCAGCGUAAGGCCAUCGAGCGUUUCUGCGGGGAGGUGAAGCGUCUCUGCCACGCUGAGCGGAGGAAGGACUUCGUCUCUGAAGCCUACCUCCUCACCCUGGGCAAGUUCAUCAACAUGUUCGCUGUGCUCGACGAACUCAAGAACAUGAAGUGCAGCGUCAAGAAUGACCACUCUGCCUAUAAAAGGGCAGCUCAGUUCCUGAGGAAGAUGGCUGACCCUCAGUCCAUCCAGGAGUCACAGAACCUCUCUAUGUUUCUAGCCAAUCACAACAGGAUUACUCAGUGUCUGCAGCAGCAGUUGGAGGUGAUUCCUGGCUAUGAGGAGUUGUUAGCAGACAUUGUCAACAUCAGUGUUGAUUACUAUGAGAACAAAAUGUACCUGACGCCCAGCGAGAAACACAUGCUGCUCAAGGUGAUGGGUUUUGGUCUCUAUCUGAUGGACGGUAACGUCAGUAACAUCUACAAACUAGACGCCAAGAAGAGGAUCAACCUGGGAAAGAUCGACAAGUUCUUCAAGCUGCAGGUGGUGCCUCUGUUUGGAGAUAUGCAGAUAGAACUAUCACGUUACAUAGAGACCAGCGCCCACUACGAGGAGAACAAGUCCAAGUGGACGUGUACCCAGAGCUCCAUCUCUCCCCAGUACAACCUGUGUGAGCAGAUGGUUCAGAUUCGUGAUGACCACAUCCGGUUCAUCUCUGAGCUGGCUCGCUACAGUAACAGUGAGGUAGUGACCGGGUCAGGCCUGGACAGUCACAAGUCAGACGAGGAGUACAGGGAACUGUUUGACCUGGCACUCAGAGGGUUACAGCUGCUGUCCAAGUGGAGCACACACGUCAUGGAAGUGUACUCGUGGAAGCUGGUCCACCCAACAGACAAGUUCUGUAACAAGGACUGUCCUGGCACAGCGGAGGAGUAUGAGAGAGCUACACGUUACAACUACACCUCAGAGGAGAAGUUUGCCCUGGUCGAGGUCAUCGCCAUGAUCAAGGGACUGCAGGUGUUGAUGGGUCGUAUGGAGAGCGUAUUCAACCAGGCCAUAAGGAACACCAUCUAUGCAGCCCUGCAGGACUUUGCCCAGAUGACCCUCAGAGAGCCUCUACGUCAGGCUGUACGCAAGAAGAAGAACGUUCUCAUCAGUGUCCUGCAGGCGAUCCGUAAGACCAUCUGUGACUGGGAGGGGGCUCGGGAGCCUCCCAAUGACCCUUGUCUCAGGGGGGAGAAGGACCCCAAGGGAGGGUUCGACAUCAAGGUGCCCCGCAGAGCUGUGGGACCCUCGAGCACACAGCUGUACAUGGUUCGUACCAUGCUGGAGUCGUUGAUAGCUGAUAAGAGUGGUUCUAAGAAGACUCUACGCAGCAGUCUGGAUGGACCCAUAGUACUGGCUAUAGAAGACUUCCACAAACACUCCUUCUUCUUCACACACCUGCUCAACUUCAGCGAGGCGCUGCAGCACUGCUGUGACCUGUCUCAGCUGUGGUUCAGAGAGUUCUUCCUGGAGCUGACCAUGGGGCGCAGGAUCCAGUUCCCCAUCGAGAUGUCCAUGCCCUGGAUCCUCACAGACCACAUACUGGAGACCAAGGAGCCAUCCAUGAUGGAGUAUGUGUUGUACCCUCUGGACCUCUACAAUGACAGUGGCUACUACGCUCUGACCAAGUUCAAGAAACAAUUCCUCUACGAUGAGAUAGAGGCUGAGGUGAACCUGUGCUUCGAUCAGUUUGUCUACAAGCUGGCUGACCAGAUAUUUGCCUACUACAAAGCCAUGUCUGGAAGUGUCCUCCUGGACAAGCGUUUCAGGGCAGAGUGUAAAAACUAUGGUGUGAUCAUCCCCUACCCCCCCUCCAACCGUUAUGAGACCCUGCUCAAACAGAGACACGUACAGCUCCUAGGUCGCUCCAUCGAUCUGAACCGUCUGGUCACCCAGAGGAUCUCAGCAGCCAUGUACAAGUCUCUGGACCAGGCCAUCAGUCGCUUUGAGAGUGAAGACCUCACCUCCAUUGUGGAGUUGGAGUGGUUGAUGGACAUCAACAGACUGACUCAUCGUCUGCUCUCGAAGCACAUGACCCUGGACAGCUUCGACGCCAUGUUCCGUGAGGCCAACCACAAUGUGUCUGCCCCCUACGGCCGCAUCACGCUCCAUGUCUUCUGGGAACUCAACUUUGACUUCCUCCCCAACUACUGCUACAACGGCUCCACCAACCGCUUCGUUCGGACUGCCAUCCCCUUUACCCAGGAGCCUCAGCGAGACAAGCCGGCCAACGUGCAGCCGUACUACCUGUAUGGGUCUAAGCCUCUGAACAUUGCCUACUCACACAUCUAUAGCUCCUACAGGAACUUCGUAGGCCCGCCCCACUUCAAGACCAUCUGCCGUCUCCUUGGUUACCAGGGCAUCGCCGUGGUGAUGGAGGAGCUGCUCAAGAUAGUCAAGAGCCUGUUGCAGGGCACUAUCCUGCAGUAUGUGAAGACUCUGAUCGAGGUGAUGCCUAAGAUCUGUCGCCUGCCACGCCACGAGUACGGAUCCCCAGGUAUCCUGGAGUUCUUCCACCACCAGCUGAAGGACAUUAUAGAGUACGCAGAGCUGAAGACAGAUGUCUUCCAGAGUCUCAGAGAGGUGGGGAACGCCAUCCUCUUCUGUCUGCUCAUCGAACAAGCUCUGUCCCAGGAGGAGGUGUGUGACCUGCUUCAUGCAGCCCCCUUCCAGAACAUCCUCCCCAGGGUCUACAUCAAAGAGGGGGAGCGUCUGGAAGUCAGGAUGAAGAGGCUGGAGGCUAAGUAUGCUCCACUCCAUCUGGUGCCCCUCAUCGAGAGGCUGGGGACCCCUCAGCAAAUAGCUAUAGCCCGUGAGGGGGAUCUGUUGACCAAGGAGCGUCUUUGCUGUGGCCUGUCCAUGUUCGAGGUGAUCCUUACAAGGAUCCGUAGUUUCCUGCAGGACGCCGUGUGGCGAGGCCCGCCUCCCACCAAUGGCGUGAUGCAUGUGGACGAGUGUAUGGAGUUCCACCGCCUCUGGAGCGCCAUGCAGUUUGUUUACUGCAUACCCGUCGGCACUCACGAGUUCACCGCAGAGCAGUGUUUUGGUGACGGGCUGAACUGGGCAGGCUGUUCCAUCAUCGUGCUGUUGGGUCAGCAGCGCCGCUUUGACCUGUUUGACUUCUGCUACCACCUGCUCAAGGUGCAGAGGCAGGACAGCAAGGAUGAGAUCAUCAAGAACGUGCCACUGAAGAAGAUGGCUGACCGCAUCAGGAAGUACCAGAUCCUGAACAAUGAGAUCUUUGCCAUCCUCAACAAGUACAUGAAGGCUGUGGAGACCGAUAGUUCCACCGUGGAGCAUGUCCGCUGCUUCCAGCCACCUAUACACCAGUCCCUGGCCACAACAUGCUGAGAAGAACUCACACAUGCUACAAACACACGCUACACACAUAAGCCACACAUGUCCCACAAACUACACAUACACACACACACCAACCCAAAUCAUCACCACACAGUCUGCCUCUCUUUGGCCUCUCUUCAGACUCUCAGAGCCUUAAGAUUCCAGAGGUCUGUCUGACUGUACACCAUUUUGGCACCAAAUAUUCCAUACAAAUGACAUUCCAAUUUGCAUUCCAGAAUGCAACUGUCUUGGAACUUUUCGUGUCAACAUGGCGACCGUUAAAAAGUAUAAAUCUCGAACUGAGUUUUCUGAAGUCUGAAUAUUUUAGGCCCAUAACCACUGUCUAGUUUUAGAGGUGUGGGUGUUUUCAAAUGUUAGUUUUUCUGUUCCCAACCCAUGUGACUCUCACACCCAGACUCAGCAUCCCUUGUCCUGUCACUAGAGCUACAUGUCACAUGGAUGGGCUCAGUAAUACACAACUGCCAAUCCUGAGUGGUUACAGAUCUGCAGUAAUGCCCUGCUUCCCCUCUAGUCACAAUGAACAGUCUAUCAGAUACCUCUGAGAAACCAUUUAGUGAGCAUCAACAAUCAACCUACAUAAAAGAUGAUAGAUAUGCUGGAAUAAUCUCCAAAACCUCAAUGCAUACAAAUAAUCUGAUUCUGAAAUGACCUAUAACCUGAGAUUAUUAUUUCGUAGAUGACGUACGAAAGCAAACCCAACCUCCAUUUUAUUGAAUUGCUUCAUGAAGUCCACACGGGUGCUAAGUAUUAUGAUGAUACUUAAUUACACCAAAGUCAUCAGUGGCAUUUCCCCCCAUAACAUCCAUAAUACGAUCAUCACACAAGUCAAGGUGUCCAUUCAUUCAUCCCAGAGGCUAACGUGUCUGUGUCCCAAAUGGCACCCUAUUCCCUAUAUAGUGCACUACUUUUGACAAGCUCCUAUAAGGAAUAGGGUGCCAUUUGGAUGUAGCCCCACAUCUCCCUGGACAUACCCAUGCUUAGUAAACCAGUGUCAUAGGAGUAGUUAGCCACACCUCUUCUCUCCUCACACAACCCUACUGUUUCAAAUAGCAUAACAAGGACACUUGACUGCAUAACAAGGACACUUGACUGCAUAACAAGGACACGUGGCUGCAUACCAAGGACACGUGGCUGCAUACCAAGGACACGUGACUGCAUACCAAGGACACGUGACUGCAUACCAAGGACACGUGACUGCAUACCAAGGACACGUGACUGCAUACCAAGGACACGUGACUGCAUAACAAGGACACGUGACUGCAUAACAAGGACACUUGACUGCAUAACAAGGACACUUGACUGCAUAACAAGGACACUUGACUGCAUAACAAGGACACGUGACUGCAUAACAAGGACACUUGACUGCAUAACAAUGACACUUGACUGCAUAACAAGGACACGUGACUGCAUAACAAGGACACGUGACUGUAUAACAAGGACACGUGACUGCAUAACAAGGACACGUGACUGCAUAACAAGGACACGCUUUUCUUAGUUGCUUUAUUUAUUUUUUACUUAUUUGGGGGGUUUUAGCCUCUGAGUAUAAUUUUUAUUCAGUUCCAUUCUCCGUUGGAAAUGUCACUUGAACUAAAAAGAGAAGUGUUGAGUGUUGUAAUUGUUAUUGUUUUUAAUUCAUUAUUGAUAAUUACAUUUUUCAUCCUUGGUAUAACUUUCCUCUUCUACUGAUGAGAAUCCUAAUCCUCACCUACUUUUUGAUUUCUCUCUGUCUUGUCAGUUUAUUGAACAUUUUUAUAUUCUGUAUGUGUGCUUAAUACAGUGAUAUUGUUUACCAUUUUUUAAAUUAUUGACAACAUCUUCAUCUGCACGUGUGUGUUUUUUUUGUUUUGUUUUUCCGGAGUAAAAAAAACGUUAGAAAUAAUUCUUGGUUGUCAAAUAACAAAAGAGACCAGGAUGACUUUACUGUAUUAGAUAGAUUUGUUCAGAGAGUGAAUGGAAGAUGUUGGUAGUAUCACACGACCAAUCCAACUCCUGUACAGUUCAUUCCCUCUAUAGAAGAAGAAUUAAAGCAAUCAAUAAGUUGCAUUUUCACUGUUUAGGUACGAAUUACAAAUUAUUAUUAAUUAAUUAUUAUUAUUAAGUACGAAUUUUUUCUUUAGCAGUGUUAUCAGUCCUUUGACCCUGUUUUUUAUUCUUAUGAAGGAAAGUUAAUCGUUACACCCAUGAAGGAGCGACCAUAUUUUCAGUUUGAAUAAAAAAACCGAAAUGAA